UCGUCUCAGGGACAUCAAUGGCUUGCCCACAUGCCACUGGGGUAGCUGCAUACGUCAAAUCAUUUCACCCCAAUUGGUCUCCUGCUGCUAUCCAAUCCGCUAUUAUCACCACCGCAAAACCCCUGAGUCCCGAUCUUAACCCUGAAGCCGAAUUUGCAUACGGAGCUGGCCAAAUUGACCCCGUUAGGGCUCCAUAUCCUGGUUUGGUAUAUGAUGCUACUGAACUGGACUACAUAGAAUUUUUGUGUGCACAAGGCUAUAGUACCAAAUUAUUGCAAUCUAUUACCGGGCACAAGAGUAGCUGCUCGUCAAAAACUAAUUAUGGAGCACUCAGUGAUAAUUUGAAUUAUCCUUCUUUUGCACUUUCCUCCUCUAAUCCAAACUCCAUCAGUGGGGUUUUCAAUAGGACAGCCACAAAUGUUGGAUCACCAAGGUCUACAUAUAAAGCUAAAAUGAUCGGUGCAACCAAAGGACUUGAAAUCAAAGUUAAUCCAAGCAUUCUAUCGUUCUCAUCUCUUGGGCAGAAGCUAUCCUUUCAGGUCACGGUAAAAGGGUCAAUUCAUCACAAAUCCAGUGUCUCUGCUUCUCUGGUGUGGGAUGAUGGUGCUUUCCAAGUCAGGAGCCCCAUUGUUGUCUAUGCUAUAUAUUAAGUGGUGCUUGGAUCAUGUAAUCCUGUAUUGAUGUAAGAAUAAGAAAAAGCAAAUUGCA